AUGGUAAUAACUACUACUAAUAAGAAUUUCAACUCCAGCUUCCUUCUUUGUUUGUUUGUUUCUUUCUUUCUUCUUCUUCUUCUCCUCCUCCUCUUCUUCUUCUUCUUCUUCUUCUUCUUCUUCUUCUUCUUCUUCUUCUCCUCCUCCUCUUCUUCUUCUUCUUCUUUUCUAUGCCCCGUGUUCCUUGAGGAUAUGGGUGAGCGCCAUGAUCAAUGCUGGUCACAUAUUUGUUUCCUUAUAUCUAUCUUUUUACCUUUGCUUUUUUCUAUCUAUCUAUCUAUCUAUCUAUCUAUCUAUCUAUCUAUCUAUCUAUCUAUCUGCCGUUGUCUGUUCAUAUCUAUCUAUCUAUCUAUUAGAACUUUUCCUUCGAUCUUUUUUUUUCGUUCGUUCUUCUCUUUUACUAUCUAUCUAUCUAUCUAUCUAUCUAUCUAUGUAUCUUUGAGUCUUUUUAUCUUUCUUUUCCUUUCUUUCUUUCUUUAUUUAUAUCUAUUUUUUAUCUCUUUUUCUUUAUUUAUUUAUAUUUCUUCCUAUCUAUCUAUCUAUCUAUCUAUCUAUUUUAGUCUCUUUCUUUCUUUCUUCCUGAAUCUUUCUAUCUAUCUAUCUAUCUAUCUAUCUAUCUAUUUUAUCUUUUUAUCGUUAUUUCUUACUUUAUAUCUAUUUCUUUUGAUCUCUUUUUAUUUAUUUCUCAUUCGUCCUAUCUAUCUAUCUAUCUAUCUAUCUAUCUAUCUAUCUAUGUUAGUCUCUUCCUUCCUUCCUUCCUUCCUUCCUUUUUUUCUUUCUUUCAAUCUCUCUAUCUCAUUAAUAUUUUUUGUUGUUUUUUGA